AUGCCCCCUCUUCCACAAGCUGCUUCUCCCAGCGCGACAUCGCCCGAUCUAAUCGCCCAAAUAUCCACAAAUCUGUCCAACACCCUCUCGACCUUCGGGCGUGGCUCUGCUCAGUAUGCUACCGUGCUGGAUAUGUUGAGAGGGGCUAUUCAGGAGCUAGAGAUGGAGGGGGGAGGGGAAGAGAUGCAGGAUGUUACCGCUAUAAAAGGUGGUGGAGAAGAAACAGCAACAGUGGAUGUUAUUGAGGGCCUGAGGAAGCUAUUGGAAAAUGGGUUGAAGGUUUAA